AUGGCUAGAAGAUUAAAAGGUAAAGGUGGUGCAAAAGGUUUGAAAGCAGCUCUACUAAACCAUAAGGCUAAUGUUCAACAGAACAAAGUUCUAAAGAAGAAAACAGAAAACAAGAUAAAGCAAAAGACACAACUCAAUAAGAAUCAGAAAAAACAACAACAGAAUAGUGUAGAAAAGAGUUUCAUACCAUUUGAAAAAAAUGAAACGUUAAUGCUGGUGGGUGAGGGUGAUUUUUCAUUUGCUAGAUCAAUUAUUGAAGAAUCAUAUAUUUUACCUGAAAAUUUAAUAGUCACAUCAUAUGACAACUCUUACAAUGAAUUGAAGCUGAAAUACCCACAUAGCUUUGAAGAAAACUUCAAAUUUUUAGUUGAUAAUAAUGUAAAGAUAUUAUACCAGGUAGAUGCCACUAAGUUGAUAAAAUCGUUAAAGCUUUCAAAGCACACACCUUGGAGUAAGUUGAUGGGACCUAGUUGGAAAUUCAAGUAUUUGCAAAACAUAAUGUUCAACUUUCCACAUACUGGAAAAGGUGUCAAAGAUCAAGACAGGAAUAUUAGAGACCAUCAAGAACUUUUGUUUGGAUUCUUUGAUAGCGCCAAACAAUUGUAUUCUCUUGUAAAUUCGAACAAGAAGAAUUUGGAAGUAGGUCAAACAAUGGGUUAUAAUUUAUCCAAUAACCAUGAUGCGAAAUCAAAUAUUACUGAGGAGGGUUACGGUAGAAUAAUAUUAUCUUUAUUUACUGGUGAGCCAUAUGAUUCUUGGAGUAUAAAGAUAUUGGCAAAAAAUAACGGCCUUCAAUUAGAAAGGUCAAAUAAGUUUCAAUGGGAAAACUUCCCUCAAUAUUCACAUAAAAGGACAAAUAGUGAACAAGAUACUACAAAACCCGCCAAAGAACGUGAUGCAAGGAUUUAUAUCUUCAAGAAAUAUGAAAAGACUAAACCUAAAAAAGUUAGUGAGGAUUCUGACGAAGAAUAA